CAUGCUGUUUCAACUCGUCAUAUCAAUUUUUUUUUUCACGCAGAAAGGAAAUUAUUUUAGCUACUCUUUCAUCUGUAAUAUAUUCAUUUAAACUUUGUGUAUUUUUUUUAUAAUAGAGUGACACCACGAAUAUGAUGAUGAUGUGAAGUGGUUUAUUGAUCUGGUGUUUUCGAUAAAAGAGCGAGACAGAAUGUACAAACCGUUCUAGUGCAGGGAAUAUUGCGUCAUUUACCGUAUUUUAUGAAUGGGGUGUGAGGAGCGGCGAGUGAGGACGGGCCGUGUAAGAAACGGACGUUCCCAUUGGCUAGAGCGGUGUAACCGUCUCAGAGCCGGCUGCUGGUUGGCUUAGUGUUUGUGUGGGCGGGGUUUGAAGUGAUAGCGUUGUGCUGUUGUGAGCUCGCUGGAGUAGACGCGAUCCUGUGGCUCAGCGAAGAACCGGCGAGAAGAACUUCCGCGCUUGAAUCGAGGCUGAACUAGAAACGCACCUUGAUCACGGUGAAAUGAAACAAUAAUUAUUAAAGUCGGUGUGAAAAAAUUGCGUUAGAAGCUGCUGGAUUUGAGUCUGAGUCACAUGGAUCAGCAGCGGCAGGGAUCCUGCAGCUCCAUAGCGGGUCCGAGCGACUCCACCAUGCGGCUAUUCAUCAGCUCCAACACCGGUAGCCCGGUGGAGCUCAUCGUGCCCCGAGGAGAGACAGUUGGAGGGCUGAAGUCUGGCAUCUGUCGCAGACUUGGCCUGCAAAGAGACCGGAUCGUCCUCCUGCAUAGAGACAGGCAGCUCAGCGCUGGAUCCCUGCUGGACCUGGGGGUGACAGAGGGCAGCAAGCUGACCCUAGUGCCUGUUAUCGAAGCUGGGUUGGUGUGUGCCACGGCAAGAGCAGAGAAAACCAUGAUGGACGUGUUGGACAGUUUAUCAGAGGAUCAGAUCAGCGACUUCCUGUCAGGCCAGUCACCGCUGACUCUCAAGCUGGGGGUCGGCGCGCACACUAUGUACGUCCAGCUCCAGCUGACCGCACAGGAAGUGGCAGAGCUUCAGCACAACCGGGAAUCUAAACCUUGGAUCAGAAGCAACGGCAAGCUGCCCACAGAAGUCAGCACGAACCACUCUGGCUCCACCUCGGUCCAAUAUUCAAAGGGCUCUCCGCUUGGAGGAAGAUCCGCGUCUUCCCCUGCUGUGAACUGCCAUUGCCUAUCCGCACAUCAGCCCUCCUGUCCACAUACUGCUGUGCGCUGUGGCAGUCCACCACCCCGCUGUCUGAAGCCGGCUUCCACCAGACCUGGACCCCCGAGCCCACGACCAGCCUCGACGUUUGCAGAGCGUGGGCUUCAUUUGCCUCCCGGUGAUCCGUGCAAGAAGCCUGGGGCGAUUAUUGAGAGCUUCGUGAGCCACUCCCCCGGGGUCUUCUCCGGGACCUUCUCUGGAACCCUCUCCCCUUGCGGUCAGGCCAGCGUCCGCCAUCCUCGCCCGGGCAUCACCAUCAUCCUCCAGAUCCUCACAGACCUGUUAAGUGCUGCCUCCAACCACCAGGACUCUUUGGAGACCAGAAGCCACCGCUCAGACUCAGCAGAAGGUCACAGUAGAACCCCGACAGAACCAAUGUUAGCCCAGCAGGUGGUGCUAAGUAAAGCCCCAGCUGUGGGCGCGCAUCAGGUCUCCACAGAGGAGAACCGAACUCUUCACUGUAAACUGGAGCAGCUUCAGUUUCUCAUGGAUCAGAGGCGUGAACGGAGGAAGACUCGCAGACGGGCGCAGAUCCCGCCGACCUCUCACCCCUAUCACCGCUGUCACCAAAUACCCUAAAACCUCUGGCAGGGACGUGAACCAAACCACAUCUGACUCUGCAGACAAGCUGUAGCAACCAAGCGGAAGCUGAUGCACCCGUAUUGCUGUUUUAUUGUCACAUAUUUUGUACAUAUUUCUGAAUGUCCAGCACGUGCCACUUCACUGGCUGACUUGUUUGCCAUGUAGCUCAUUUGAAUUAAGAUUUUUGUUUACGACAAAUGCCUUUAAAUAGUGCCAGGUUCGAUACAAGAUGACCCACUGAGACUGUUCCUCCGGGUUAACACUGUUCUAAGCAUGUUUUUCCACCUGUGCCUGUCGAAAAUGUGCUUCUUUCUGCUUGUUGCAUUUAAUGUCUUGAUAUUUGCGUUCUCUGUCGAUGCCUUAAACGAUUGUAAUCAGCUUUUUGUCCAGGGAGGACACCGUCCCUUCAAAAUGUCCGACCAAUGCUAAAUGUAAAUGUUGCGUUUCAUAUGCUUGAAAGAAAAAACAUCCUUGUUAAAUGUCACUGUUGCACAGAAUUGUGUAUAUAAAAUGUUGCAGGGUUGGUCCUAGAAAUUAAAUAUCUAUGCUACCACUAUUUUAAUAUUUCAUCAAUGUCAGUAUUUGAUGAGAAUAGUAGCGGAGACUGUGAGCAACAGGGUGCUAAAUUUGACUUAGUGCUUUUCCAUGGGGGGAAGAGCAAGAAUACAAAAGAAGCUGAUCAGAUGGUGAUGCUAAUUUGAAACAGGAGAUUUCAGACACUUCAUGCUAAUGUAGAUCCUUUGUGGGGGAUCAACACCAGCUGUG